AUGACAGAGAAGAUUAAGAUUGUUAAGACAGAGUUGCCUAAGCCCGAGAAGAAGGAAAUAACAAUAAUUUCCCCUGCAACCAAUGACGAAGAACCUGUGGGCUUUAAGGAUGUGAAGGAAACCAUUAGAGGCCAACUAGUUGGAGGACCACGCCAGCUAGACAUUAUCUCCAUAGUUGGUAUGCCUGGAUUAGGAAAAACGACCUUGGCCAGAAGUUUUAUGAAUGAUCAGUCAAUUGUCUCCCAUUUCAAUUUCCGAGGUGAGUGUCGUGUUUCUCAGGUAUACACACGUAAAGACUUGCUACUUUCCAUAUUGAGUGAUGCUACUCAUGAGCCUAUUGAUCUUAGUAAAGAAGGUGAAAGUGAAUUAGCUUCUAGGCUAAAACAAACAUUAAUGAGAAGAAGAUAUCUUUUGAUUAUUGACGAUGUGUGGGAGAAAGAUGCAUGGAAUGAUCUAAGAUUGUGCUUUCCUGAUGAUAACGGUAGUAGAAUCAUUCUGACCACCAGACUGUGGGAAGUUUCUCUUUACGCUGCACGUUACACUGAUCCCCAUGAUCUACGUUUGUUUAAUAAUGAUGAAAGUUGGUCCUUAUUGCAAAGAAAGGUGUUUGGGGAAGAAAAUUGCCCUGAAGAGCUAAAGCAAGUUGGGCAAGAAAUAGCAAAAAAGUGUAAAGGGCUACCUCUUUCGGUUGUUUUAGUGGCUGGUCUCCUUGCAAGGAUGGAGGAUAGGGAAAUUUUAGUCUCAAAACUAACAAGGUUAUGGAUUGCCGAGGAUUUCAUUGAAGAUGACGACGACAAGGAUUUGGAGGACAUUGCAGAAGAUUACUUCGAGGAUCUUAUCAGAAGAAACUUGGUCAUUGUUACUAAGAAGAGAUCCAUUGGAAAGAUCAAGGCAUGUCGUGUACAUGACCUAGUGCUCGACUUCUGUAAGGAAAAAGCUGUGGAAGAAAACUUCCUUUUGUGGCUAAAAAGAGAUGAUGAUGAUGAUCCUCCACGCUUUUACUCUAAAAAGGCAAAGCAACAAGGCUUAUCAUCUAACUCUGAUCGGGAUAGGAUAGCUAGGUGGAGCGCAUCAUGCUCGUAUGCUUGGUCGAUUUUAUUCAGGGAGGUCAGUGAGAAUAGAUUUUCUGUCAUGAAAAAUGCAUCAGACUUAUUUGGUAGCUUCAAGUUUCUUAGGGUAUUGGAUUUGGAGUUUGUUGUUGUGGAUUCUUUCCCGACAGAACUUAGAAAUCUAAGAUACUUUGCUGUUCGAACUGCUAAGAAUUCUAUCCCAUCAUCUAUAAACAAUCUUCGGAAUCUAGAAACAUUUCAAGUCAAAGGAAUGAAGGAAGCGGUGUCACUGCCAGAAACUUUCUGGAAGUUGGAUUGA